GUUUGUGCCACAUCUUUCGCCACAUAUUACAUUCAAAGGCGAGUUUUCGGUUUUGGUCAACGUUUGUUCUUGCUGCCAUUCCGAAAGUUGGUACUGUACAGCUUUAUGGUAGAGCUAGCUCAGCUAAGUUAUCCGUUUGUUCCAUCGCUUGGAACUUAAAUCAAAAUCACUUUCAUAUGGAUUUUCUUGAACAUUUGUGUGCCUUGAGAACUCUUGUGGUCGCAAACUUGGUUAUCAGUAGAACUAAAUACAUGGUAUCAUGGCAAGCCAUCUCGCAGUCGCACAGGGGACUUGCAAUACAGUUUUAGCUAGCAUUAGCAACAUUGCGGCAACUAGCGAGUUUGCUAGCUAGCAUAUGCUGCUAGCGGGUGGAUCUUGCAAUGCCUGAUUUCUUGAAUGACAGUUAGUUAGCUAUGCCGUUUUGUUUGGCUCUGAGAUAGUUAAGUUAGCUGCUUUCGGGGGGAAUUGUCAAUUACAUACUUAACUGCUAGCUGGUUUGCUAGCCUAGUUGCUUGCUUAAGAUGCCUCACUCGGAAUCAGAAAGUUCACCUUCUUAUUUUGGUUUGGGGGAUCUGCAGUGGCUUUGUAUGGUUACACUUUUCAUUGCAUCCAUCGUUACAUUGAUAUUGUAUCUAGUACAAUACUUUUUUGGCGACUUACAAGUUCAGCCUCAGCCAGAGAACAGCAAUGGGGUCACGGAGGAAGCGGACGCUGUGUUAGGAUGGGCACUGUCACUGAAAAGCUGGAAAAGUCAAUGGAGAGGUGCUUGGUGCAAAGCCCUCAAUGACGAAUCGAGGAAGUCUGUGGAUUCUGUGCAACUAACAUUUGAGGAAGAUGGUCUUCAGUCAUCAGAGCUGGUGUUUGGCCAAAUGUCCAACUUGCAGAAAUCUGCUGGACAUAAGACUUCUCGCUGCAUGGUGACAGGGGAGAAGCUUCAAUUUUCCAUCUGUGCAGAUUCCCCAGCCAUGUCUACAGCUGGGCCCUGCAGGUACAGAGUCAGGAUAUCACCUCUGGAGCUACAGCUGGACCUGCAGAUGAGGGAGGCUGACGGCACGGUCGAGGUGGGCUGGGGGGUUUCUCACCUGGAGACGAUGGACCUUCAGCUCAGCCCCAGCUUCUCUCAGGGAAACGGCUCUGGAAACGGCUCUGGACCCGGCGUGGCAGCCGUGAAGGAGCGUCUGAGACAGCUGCUGAGUGCUGUGCGUCCUUCAGUAAUGCUGAGCUGCAGGCCUGCACAGGCCACACAGGUCAAGGAGGCCCAGAACAAGGUGAUGUCCCCCCCAAAGCCUCCCCGCGCCCACGACUGGAAGCUGCUGGUGAAGAACAUCAGGGUCACGUGCAGUCAGGAGGAUGGUGCUGCAGGCAGUAUGAACCCCCUGUGUGUGCUGCAGCUAGAUGACCCUCCCCAGAGAUUUUCCACCUCGGUGUUGAAGAACACAUGCAGCCCUGCCUGGGACCAGCCCUUCAUCUUUGAGCUGAAUGGACGAUCAAAGGAGCUCGUCAUUCAGUUGUUGGAUGAUGGGAAACCUCAGGAGGGCUCGUUGUUGGGUCAGGUGGCGGUGCCUUUCGAUCUAGUUAAAAAGCAACCCAAAGGACAGCAAACAUUUGCACUCGUGACCAAAGACCAAGUGACCGGGUCUCUUACUACUGAGUUUACCUACCUGGAGCCCAGCGAGGUGCGUACCUGGCAGACCCCCACGCCAGCUGCUUCCAAGAAGGUGGAGAUGGACCGCACGGUCAUGCCCUGCGGCACCGUGGUCACCACCAUCACAGCCGUGAAAUGCAAGCCAGGCCGGCUGCUACCACCUGGACUCACCAUAGAAUCCCCCGCGAGGCCCGCGGUCGCCAAGUCCAAGCUGGCGGGCCGCCGGGUGUCGGAGCAGCCGGCCGUGCUGGGGGCGGCGGUGAGCAAGGCGCUGUCCUCCUCCGACACGGAGCUGCUCAUGCUGAACGGCACGGACCCCGUGGCGGAAGCCGCCAUCCGCCAGCUGCACCAGUCGGCCAAGCAGAAGCUCAAGUCCCCCGUCAAGAAGAGCACCAUCAUCAUCUCCGGCGUGGCCAAGACUCCCCUGUCCCAGGAUGAUGAGAUGGCCCUCAUGGCGGGUUACGCCGCGGCGAUGGAUGCGUCCAUGUCGGAGGGGGGUUCAACGCAGGACGUGACCGCAGCCGUCGUCUCCGGGUCCAGCAGCCCCACGGAGAUGUCGGACCCCCAGGAGGGGCCCAGUGGGCUGGGCCGAGGCCCCAGCGACUGGGAGAGCCAGGUGGAGGAGGAGCAGGGCGCCGACAAGACCUCCCUGUCCAACUGUGUGUCAGAGUCCAGCUGUAAAAAGAGAGUUUCGAAAGAGGAAACCUGUGCUAACCAGACAUUAUGUCACGACGCGCAGCUUCCUGCAGAAGAGUGCCAAGCUGUUCUUCCGCCGGCGCCACCAGCGCAAGGAGCCGGGCAUGAGCCAGUCCCACAACGACCUGGUGUACCUCGAACACCCAGUGGCCGUGGACCGCGCCAGCCGCACCGCCACCCUCACCCGCAUGCUCAACCGCAAGCUGCUGCCCAAGAGCAAGAGCAAAGCCAAUGGCUUUGCCCCCACAGAGGAGCACCACCCCGGCCCCUGACCCCACCUCCGCCUCCCCCUCCACCACCAACCUGCACUGACUGUGUCCCCUCCGCCCUGUCCCCCACCCCCUGACUCGUAGCGGUGGAAAGGCUGUGUCAACUGAAAUCACCGGGGUAUUUCCUACCUUUCAGUUCGGCCCAUUCAUACUCAUCUGGGAGCAGUAAUACUGUAUGUAAGAGAAGAGGUUGCGUGGGUGACGCUAAUCUGAAAGAAUUUCAAAAAACGUCUUAUGCCGUUCAGAAAACGAUCAAUAUAGACUUUUUAUUUUCUAUGAGCUUAUGCAACAUUCUGAUCCAUUUUUCUGUGUUAGUGGCCUUUUGAAACCACCGGAAUACUUGUGGCUGCUCCAAACCCUCAUCCACCGCGAGAGCAAAGGCACCGUGUUUCAUGAGGGACCAAAGAAGAAGAGUGGCGUUGAUAUGAUUUGCACAUUUCUAGAGAACACCUCUAGGCUGGCUCAAGGUGGAUAAAGAUGCUAUCCAGUGCAAUGACCAGAGCUACUCUUGAAAGAUUGUAACCAAAGCUUCUUUUAUAAUUGUGAUAGAAUGGCUUGGUGUUUUGACAAAGGGAGACUUCACUGCAAAGCAGAUUCUAGCUAGACAUGUUCAUAUGCUAAUACAAUGCCAUUGUGGCACUGUUUUACCAUUACAAAAUGACCCACUGUCAACAAAACCCUGGUACACACUGGUUGACACACACAGCCAAGUGAAGUUCUACUAAGAUUUAUAAUCAUAAAUGAAUUAAUAUUUCAUCUUGGUGUUAUGCCAGUGGAAAUUAUAUCACAAAAGAUGUUGAUAUUGUGUAAUUGUAAAUUAUAAAUCCAAAUUUAAAACCUUAUGAAAUACAAUUGGGAAUGCAAUAUCUGGUUUCAUUUGAAUGCUUUUUAAUGUUUAUUUUUGUUUGUUUCAAUGUUAGUACUCUGCAGUGUGAUUUUUAAAUGAUAACCAUCACCCUGUCGUCCUGACGAUUUUGUCUGUACACUACUAUCAGAUCUGUGUGAAUGGUGACCCCAAGGUGAAUACACUACCUUUCAGACAUAUGCAUUGAAGUUUUCACGAACCAAGUCUUUAUCCACUUAUGCAUUUCCAUUGAAUGAAUGUGGUCUUGCUGUUAUCUUGUUUUAAAGAUGUCUGGGAGAUUUAAACCUUUCCUGAUUCUGAACACAGACCGGGAAAAUCUGUGGAAAUUCAAUUGAAUGCUUUUAUUUUUUUUUAACUAGCUAAAGAUUGUAUUAUUUUUUUAAAGCAUGUUAUUGGACUGUCUAAUAUAAAGUCCUUCAUGUAAACUACUGUUAACCCUUCUAACCAGUGAAUCUACUGAGAAAUACUUGUAAAGACGGAUGGAUGUGCCAGAACGGAUGGACACGAGUGGCAGAGGGCCAAUCAUGAUCAGACAACUGUCCCAUUGUACCAUGUCGAACUUUGGGGAUUUUACCUCGAGGAGAGAUGAACAGUUUUUACCAUCUGACUUGGAGGGAAAUAUGCUGCGCAGGUCUUGUUGGGACCUAACGAAUGACACCUGGAUUUGAGACCACCUUCCUUUCCCUCUGAUCCACACCAAGGCUGUAUAACUUAGAAGGCCUGUUCCCAUUUCCAUGUUUAAUGACUCGGUUAUUAGGUGGGGCCAUCUGGUUAUCCAUGGUUGCAUGCCAUUCAUGUUGAUAUAUGCAGCAUUAAGUAUCUGUAGAUACUGUAGGGGGGGUUUAAACAGUGGUGGGUCAGAUACUUACAUAAGGGGGGUUUCUAUGACUUAACAACUCUUUGUUUAUGUUGACUCUACUAAGGUUUGGUUUAGAGCCUGUGCGCAGCUUGAGGACGAUGGUGAAAAUUAUUUUGAACCUCAACGAUUUAAAAAAGAAAUAAAAAGAAUGUGGGAUCUUGUAACCAUGCAAACCUCUGAUUAAGCUUGAAACCGGGCCUCCUGCGCGUGCCAACUAUUAUGCAUACCUGGAAGCAGAAGGCUUGUUUGCAAUUGAUUUGCUUCCUGACAUUUUAUAUUGGUCUUGGCAUUGUGUACAGAACCUGAACUCCCAAUCAUGCAGAAUGCCAGGUCAUGCUUGCAGGGACUGUUAUUACUAAUCAACAUAUCAGGUUUGUCAUCUUGAGCAAUAAAUAUCGAGUUAAUAA